AUGUCGUACAACCCGGGGGUAGUAGGUGGCGGGGGCGGAGGAGGAGGGGCCCGUUCACCGCGUAGCGGACGCCGGUUGGGCGAACUGCCCACCGUUGAUCGCAGUCCGUCGCGCGGCUACGGCGGCGGCUCGUCGGGUUACGCGAGCGGCCGGGGCAGUCCCCUCGGGGGCUCGCGCGCCAAGUUCCGGGCGACGCGCAGCGGCAACAGUUCGCCCGAGCACGGCUACGUCGGCUACGGAUCCUCGCCGUUCGGCGUCGGGUUGGGGGGUGGCGUAGGCGGCGGCGGCGGCGGCGCUUUUGGCGGCGGUGGCGGCGGUGGGAGCCCCUACUACGGCCUGGGGGGCGCUCGCGACGACGAGCUCGUCAGCCCCGUGCUGAUGCUGGAGGAGCGCGGGCGGAGCAUGUCGCAGGGCGCGGGCCAGCUACAGCACAGGUCGCGCAGCGUAUCGAGGCCGGUGAUGUCGUCGGGGACGCGGUACGCGAGCUUGGACCGGGCGUCGGUCGGGCUCCUCGACCACGACCGCGAGUUCGUCCCGAUACGGGAGCCGCUCGGCCGGCCGAGCCGCUACAUCGAGGACGAGCUGUACGGGGCCCCGCUGCGGCCGAUGGUCUCGCAACGGCAGAGCCCGCACCAGCUGCUCAGGGACAGCGGCCAGGGCUACAUCGGGGAGCUCCAGCACCAGAACAACGAUUUGCAACGGGAACUCGGGAACUUGAAGAAGGAGCUCGAGCUGACCAACCAGAAACUCGGCAGCUCGAUGCACAGCAUCAAGACCUUUUGGUCCCCGGAGCUCAAGAAGGAGCGCGCCCUCCGCAAGGAGGAGAGCACCAAGUACAGUCUCAUCAACGAGCAGCUCAAGCUCCUCAACUCGGAAAACCAGAAGCAGAGCAUAAUGGUCCGCCAGCUGGAGGAAGAGUUGAGGUUGCGUAUGCGAGGUCCGAGCGUCGAAAUGCAGCAGCAGAUGGAAGUCUUGUACAACGAGAACGAGCACUUGACUCGCGAAAUCGCAAUACUCCGAGAUACAAUAAAGUUUUUAUUGUCACAGGAACUGGAAUUGCGGAUAGAAACACAAAAGCAAACUCUGCAAGCUCGAGAUGAAAGCAUUAAGAAGCUACUAGAAAUGCUACAGAACAAGGGAAUGGGCAAAGAAGAGGAGCGUAUUAUGUUCCAGCAAAUGCAGUCCAUGGCGCAAAAACAGGUCCUUAAAUAUUUUAUUUUUAUACUUUAUAAUAGCGAAAUCGUAUAA